AUGGACAAGGACCUCAAAACAAAGCUGCCAAUCAAGCUCGACAGGAUGCUGCCAAUCAAGCUCGACAGGAUGCUGCCAAUCAAGCUCAAUCAACCUCGCAAGCCAAUCAACAAGCAUAUGAAAAAAGAUAACAAAGACCAAUAUGAUGAAGAUGAAGAUGAAGACACUUUACCUUCCCCAUCUUCUCUUUUUCCUGUAUCAGAUCCAACUCUCGACCCCAGCUUGGAUUUCUUGUAG